GUUCCGAUACUCUGAGGAUGAUGUUGUCAGCUACAUCCUGCAGAUUCUCCAGGGCCUCGAGUACCUGCACAGCCGACACAUUGUUCACCUGGACAUUAAACCGGACAAUGUCAUCGUCACCUACCUCAACGUCGUCAAGCUGGUGGACUUUGGCAGUGCCCACUUCUUCAAUGCUACUGUGCCGAAACCGCUGGGUCACCGAGUGGGCACUCAGGAGUACAUGUCUCCUGAAAUGCUGAAAGGGGAUCCGAUUGGACCACCGGCUGAUAUCUGGGGUCUGGGUGUGCUUAUUUACAUCAU